AUGUGUGCCUGUGUGGCGAUAAUUGGAAAGGACAACGCUCCGCUCUACAUCGCGACCGCGAACGUGGAUAAGGAGAUCGCGCUGCAGUACCAGGUCCACGCUUCGCUGGACGUGAUCGAUGAGCGGUGUGCCACGAACCAAAAGGCCGCGGCCGAUGGUCGUGAGCUGUAUCUCGGAUCGCUCAUAUCGACCGAGCAGUACAAAAUCUACGGCUAUGUCACGAAUACCAAGAUCAAGUUUCUGAUUGUAAUCGACGCGAACAGUACGUCCUCAUACCGGGAGAACGAGGUGCGUGCGAUGUUCCGAAACCUGCACAAUCUCUACACCGAUGCCGUCUGCAAUCCGUUCUACACGCCCGGUGAACCGUUGACAUCAAAAACCUUUGACCUCGCAGUGCGCGGGAUAAUAAGCGCGAAUUAG